CAAACCCAUUCCGUUUAUUUAUCAUUACAAGAAACAGCCCCCAUCUUGUUCUUAUCUUCCCUCUACUCAAUCAUUCAUUGCCCUUACUCCACCGGCGACAUGGUGACACCACCUCCUCAUCCUUUUCUCCAUCGGUAGCAGCACCAUCACUCGUGUUAUCCCUACCCACUCUUCAUCCAUCCCCCCUUAACUCUCUCUCUCUCUCUCUCUUAUACCCAUCAUGGAUUUAAACAACCUUUUCUUUGUCUCUUCACUGCCCCAAUUUUAUUUUGCCCCAUUCUUACAGUAAUUACAGAGUACUGUUUAAGUGUGGCAUUUCCUCGAACACCUCAUACCUAUCUAUACCCAUAAACAUUGUCAACAUCCCAGAAAAUUUCAAAACCAUCCACACCCCCUCUUUUCUCUUCAAACCCAACAAUGAGAUGAAAAAAAGAAAGAAAAAAAAAAGAAUUUGAAUAUAUAUAUAUAUAUAUAUAUAUUCAGGUGGGUUUCACACUUGCAGAGGGUGGCGGUGGUGGCUCUCUCAGUGUGUAAGUGCAAAUGGAAGGAAAUGAGAUAUUUGAGUGGUAAUGAUUUCUUCAAAUGGCAGGUCAUUUUCCUCAUGGUGGAGGUCCUUCAGGUACCGAGGGUGAGCCGGACAUCAUGUCCUUGCCCCCCGAGAGUUCGGCCAUUUGAUCCCGAGAGGUAUCAUCCUUGGGAGCACGUCCUUCCUCAGGCCACUUUCUACCAUUUCACUGACUUUGAUGACCGAGCACCUGCGGAUCUAUUACUGCGGGAGCCAGAGACUCAUCUCUCUCAUCAGGCACAAGAGGUACCCUCUCGUUCUAUGCGAGGUUAUGGCUCGAUUAUUGCUAGGGAGUGGUAUGUAGAGCUCCCAGAGACCGUUCAUCACAUGGUGGAUGGGACAGGAUUUGGGCCCUUCUGCACGGGGUUAUCUCGCUAUCCUGCGAGCAGGACCUUGAUGGGGGCACUCGUAGAGAGAUGGUGGGACACCACCAACUCGUUCCACUUCUCAGCUACCGGGGAUAUGACGAGGACCCCAUUCGACUUUGCGAUGCUGACUUGCCUUGAUGUGGCCGGCCGACCGGUCCACUACGACGAGGAUAUGGGCGAGAGAGAGGCUGCCUGGAUCUAUCUGUUUUGAGCUCGCCCACCGAUUGACCGAUCUUCUGGCAGAGUCAGGUACACUUGGUUUCCCAUGCAGUAUAAGGUGAGUAUGCCUGUGACUCUUGAGGAGAUAGAGCAGUACGCUCAAGGUUUUUUGAUAUUCCUCCUUGGGACCACUUUGUUCUCCGAUAGGGGGAACACAGUUGGACCGUAUCUGUUCAGUGCUUUGGUGGACCUAUCACAGGUCAGCGAGUAUGACUGGGGUGGCGCCGGCCUCGCUACCCUCUACUGCU